CUCGGGGCAUGCGGCAUCCGCCUCUGCGCAGCGGCCGCGGCCAUGAAGCUGCCGUCGGCGCGGAGCCUCCGCCCGCCCGGCCCUUUGUUUCUGAGGGUCAGCGGUUGCCCUUCCUCUCCCCGUCGCGGCCCUUGAUGGCGGGGGCGGUUUGAACCUGCCUGAAGGGAGGGAGGGAAGAGGAGGAGCCGUUGCCCAGGAUGCGAUGGGGAACUGCUGGGCGCAGUGGUGCUGCGGUCUCUUCUUCCGGAGGGAAGCCGGUCGGCUCCAGCGAGGCGGAGGAUCAAAGUAUUUUAGAACAUGUUCAACUGGAGAACACUUCACUAUAGAGUUUGAGAACCUAGUGGAAAGUGAUGAGGGAGAAAGCCCAGGAAGCAGUCACAGACCUCUGACUGAGGAAGAAAUUGCUGACUUGAAAGAAAGACAUUAUGACUCCAUUGCUGAAAAGCAGAGAGUUGUUGAUAUGAGACUUCAGUCAGAGUUAGCCUUACAAGAGGAGAAGUUAAGACUAGAAGAGGAGGCUUUAUAUGCUGCACAACGUGAAGCAGCCAGGGCAGCAAAGCAGAAAAAGCUCUUGGAGCAACGUAGGCAGCAAAGGAUAACGCAGCGAGUGCAUGCGGUUAAUAAUGGAGAAUAUCAGAGCUCUGUGGCAGAGGAAGAUCUUGAUUCUUUCUUAAGAAAUACGAAACUCCAAUAUGAAGCUUUUCGAAGUAGUAGACUUUCAUCUGAUGCUACAGUGCUGACACCCAACACAGAGAGCAGUUGUGAUUUAAUGACCAAAACAAAAUCAACAAGUGGAAAUGACGACAGCACUUCAUUAGAUUUAGAGUGGGAAGAUGAAGAAGGCAUGAACAGAAUGAUUCCAAUGAGGGAACGCUCCAAAACAGAAGAAGAUAUACUCCGGGCAGCACUGAAAUUUAAUAGCAAGAAAACGGGAAGUCAUCCAGCUUCAGCCUCGGACGAUUCCAAUGGAUUGGAGUGGGAGAAUGACUUUGUUAGCGCUGAAAUGGAUGAUAACGGCAAUUCGGAAUACGCUGGAUUUGUAAACCCCGUGUUAGAGUUGUCUGCAUCAGAUGUCAGGAUAUCGGAUUCCGAUCGCCAAGACAGAUAGUGGAGCUGCGUGGGCCCUUGUUUAUGACCAAAUGUUGAAAAGUGAAAUAGAAUGUACAAAAGCAAUUUGCUCUUUUAUAACAUUGUUCCCUUUUUCUUAUAAAUUGAUUAGCAAGGAACGGGAAUGACUUGCUAUCUGAAUUAAUUCAGAAUUAAGUGCAAUUUUAUCAUCUACCUUCUAAACUUUUAUGAAAACCAGGAUUAUUCCAUUGUGUAUAUUUCUGGAUAUCUGGAUUUAAUAUAAAAUUAUCUGCACUAAUUUAAGCUUCAUAGCUUGCCUAUCUAUAUUUUAACUAGCCUUUUUUCUGGAUGAUGUUUCUACUGAUUUUGUUUUUCAAAUUCAUCAUUGGCCUAACAGUUAUCUUGAUGAAUCUUAUAUAAUUUAUCUAAUACUUGAAUAUAGAAAAAUAAUUUAAUUUUCUUUUUAUUUCCAAUAUGUGCUUUUGACUUGUUCUUUAGUUAUUUACAAGGCAUUCUCAGCCAGCUGCGAAACAAGUAUCACACAUGGUAAAUUGCAGAUUUUCCCUGUCUAGCUUAUAGUCUUCCUAGCUUUGUGUUGUCUUCUUUCCAUUUAUUUUAUUUUUUUAUUGCUUUAUGCUAAGUACAGUUAACCUCAAUAAACAUAGUAUAAGUCAUCAGGUUAGGUAAGAUAUUGUCUUGUAUAAUAUACCAGACUUAGUGUGUGCUAGAUAGAAAAAACAACUAUAAAAAUUCUUUGUGUGUCAAACUGGAAAUUUUAACCAGUAUCUAGCAGAGAACUGGGAGGACCAAAGUCUUGAUUUCCCUGCACCCCAGCACAGACCAAUAUUUGUUACUAAAAAUCUUCAAAUUUUUUUAGUUCUGGAAAACUUCUAAUUCAGCUCGACUGGAACAAUUAUUGAAAAUUACUGUUCUUUGAGGAAACUGGGUGAGGGUGAUUGCUCUGCUGCUGGGGUGGGAAGAACAAGAACCUAAAGACUGAGUUCCUGGAUCUGCAUUUUUAAAAGAAAAAAAAAAAAGUUCAAGUUACAAAACCGUGUAUUUAAGUGCUCUAGUUUUCCUGUGCCUCUAAACUGGCUGGUUAAUGUUGCUAACACGGACUGAAAUUCAAGGAGGUGUUCAGUUACUGCAAAUCUGGUGUAAUGUAUUGUGUAGACUCCCCUGAUAUUUAAUGUAAGUUACAGGUUUUUUUAAAAAAAAAAAAGCUCACUGAAGAGAACGUGCAAAACACCUGUAGAUCUUAAGCUUUCCCCAAAGGUUCAGUAAAGCCAUUCUACUCUACUGUUAUUUUGUGUAGCUGUCAUAUUUUUCCUUGGAAAAAGUGGAAUGGGGUGUAACUUCACUCUUGUGGACUAAAAGCGAGACGCUGCAGUACGUAGUAAAUGGGCAUUGUCGGAAGAACUGGAUUUGGCUGUGGAAGUUGUGUCGCUCUUUUUCGAUCGUCUGAGUUGAUGUAUAAUAGUGGGGUCACUACAGUGUGGGCCUCUUCAUGGUAACUUGAACAAAAAUACUGCACACUAGGAUUAAAUAUGUACAAAUAUCAACACUAAUGAACAGAUAAAUCUUGUUGAUAACAUUCCAUUUCAUAAUUUAAAUUGUAGCUAUGUCAUAGAAAGUAUUUUAAUGCAAUUAACUAUGUUUGCAAGGCCUGUAAUAAGCUUUAAAAAUUUGUACACAUCAAAUGUAUAUUUUUGGUUUGGCAUAAGCUACUACUGUCUAACUUCUCCUGAACUAUUAUUUGUAUAAUACAUUCCUAUGGAAGCGAAGGCAACUUUCUCAACCUGUAAAUAACAUGUUUUUUACCUGCUGAAAUUGCAACUUACCCUGCAGCGGUCGCUACUUUUCCUGACCAGCAAACGUGAGGUUGACUUGUCCUGACCGUGCUUUGAGGAGGUAAACUAGCUGAUAGUCCUGCUUGUGGGAUGACCAAGCAGGUGGGAAAAAGGAAGCUGACUCCAGGAGAAAGCUUUUACUGGGACGGGCAUGUUCUGUAGCGUUCCGCUUCGCAGAGUUGGAUGCACCGCGCUGGGUGACUUAAGAAACUGUGGUCAAUUUUUGUGGAAAUUUAAGAACUUGAAAGAUUAUAUAAAUAGCUCAUGUAAAACAGUUCAACAGCACUGUAAAAUGCAUACCUGUACAAAUUUGAAAGUCAUUAAAAUUUUCAGUCAGUCUUA